AUGCCACAAGCGGUUUUAGUGAAAGCACAAUACUUAAUCUUAUUUAGUUUUUUGUUAACAUUUUUUGUUAUAACAAAUGCCUUCUACACCAAAAGGCAAUUUUAUCCAUCAGUUGUCUAUUUAACCAAAUCGAACACAAGUCUUGCUGUACUGUAUGUGCAAGCAUUUGUCUUUGUUGUUCUUUUUGGAAAACUUGCUCAACGAAUAUUUCUUGGACAACUGCGUGCUAUUGAGGCUGAGGUUACAUUUAUACGACCGUUUUUACUCUUUCUCAAAUGUUUUCAUUGGUUAGCAGAAGAUCGUGUGGAUUAUAUGGAACAAAGUCCUGUGCUGGGUGCGAUAUUUCAUGCGAGAAUUAUCGGUCUUCUUAGUACAUUAUUUGUCUUUGAUUAUCUAUUUUUGUCAUCGGCAUAUACGUACACAUUAGCAAAAGGUGCUUCUGUCCAGAUCGUUUUUGGUUUUGAGUACGCUAUUCUAAUGGUAUCGGUUAUAGCUACUGGAAUUAAAUAUAUCCUUCAUUUCAUUGAAAUUCGUGCCGGUGAGCAGUGGGAAAACAAAGGAGUCUGUAUGCUCUACUCCGAUUUAAUUCUCGGAUUCAUUCGGCUUACAUUGUACAUGCUGUUUAUCAUCGUUAUGAUGAGAAUUCAUACAUUUCCAUUGUUUGCUAUUCGACCAAUGUUUAUGGCCAUGAGAGCGUUUCGAAAAUCUUGUACUGAUGUUCUGGAAUCGCGACGUGCUAUUCAAAAUUUGAAUACUAUGUAUCCAGAUUUAACAGCUGACGAACUUGCCAAUGUUGCCGAUACAACGUGUAUUAUCUGCCGGGAAGACAUGCAAGUACAACAAAGUAUCAAACGCUUAGCUUGUCAACAUAUAUUUCAUAAAAAUUGUUUACGUUCAUGGUUCCAACGUCAGCAGACUUGUCCUAUCUGUCGUACAACUGUAUUACGAGCACCAAAUCCUCCUCGAGCUGCUGCAAAUAAUGCUCAACCUGCCGCAGCAGCGGCAGCGGCAGCACCGCCACCAGCUGCAAAUACUCCACCGUCACCACCACCGUCCUCAUCUUCCUCUGCUACUUCGGCUUCGCCGCCAAGAAAUGCGACAACUGCUCAAACAACAUUUUCAACUGCCACUGCAACUGGUGGCACUGGAGUAUUUUCACAAAUGCCAAUAGGUUCCUUUCCUAUGGUAUUACCACCUUUCGGUAUAACAUACUCUGUAAAUGGACAAGAUCUUUUAAAUUCAUGUGUGUUUGAACAUUUAGCUUUUCCUCCUCCGCCUUUACCGCCUGCAAAUUUUACUGGUAUGUCUGAAGAAAAUAUUCGCGCUAUGGAAGGGGCAGAACUAUCUCACGUUCAAGCACGUAUACAAUGCUUACGUAACGUUAGAACACUACUAGAUGCAUCAAUGAUACAAAUGCAACAGUACAUGAAUAUUGUCUUAACACAAAGUAAUAUGGAAAAUAGUAAUCGUUUGUUACAGAAUCUUGGCUCUGAUCUUGAUCAAGUAUUUCCAUUAUCUGACAGAUCAAAUAUGACUACCAAUGGUAGAGUCUUUGUUAUUGUUCAUAUCAAUAAUUCGAAUGUAUAUUUAGAUGUGAAUGUAAACGAUCCUGAUAUGCUACGUCGCCGACGGUUAAAUCACUAUGGACAUCGAUUAUCACCAACGAGUGUUGAUCAAAAUGAUAAGCAGAGUUAA